CCCUUCUGGAAGUGUUUUGCGGUUCCCGGCUGCCUCUUCGCGCUGGAGAAGGGGCUCGGCUUGGCUCGGCGGCGUGCCGGGGGGCUGCGCAUCGUGGAGGUCAACCUGCUCCCUUCCAAGGUCACUCACCUCGUGAUCGAGAGACCACAGUUUUUCCGCUACAAGCCCGGAGACUACGUCUACCUCAACAUCCCGGCCAUCGCCACCUACGAGUGGCAUCCCUUCACCAUCAGCAGCGCUCCCGAGCAGCAAGAGACCCUCUGGCUGCACAUCAGGGCGCUGGGCCAGUGGACCACCAAGCUCUACGAAUACUUCCAGCAGCCCGAAUCGCCCGGCCCGGAGCCAAAACCGCUCAGCAGGAGCCUGAGGGAGAAGAGGCGCCGGCGCUGGGCGCAGUGCUACAUCGACGGCCCCUACGGGACCCCGACGCGGCGGAUCUUCACCUCGGAGCACGCCGUCCUCAUCGGCGCGGGCAUCGGCAUCACCCCCUUCGCCUCCAUCUUGCAGAGCAUCAUGUACAGGUACCGCCGGCGAAAGCAGAGCUGCCCCAGCUGCCACCACUCGUGGUGCGAGGACCUGCGGGACGAGGAGAUGACGCUCAGGAAGGUUGACUUCAUCUGGAUAAACCGGGACCAGAAGCACUUUGAGUGGUUCGUCAGCCUGCUAACGAAGCUGGAAAUGGAGCAGGCUGAGCAGGAGCCGGGGGGGCGCUUUUUGGAGAUGCACAUGUACAUGACGUCGGCCCUCAGCAAGAAUGACAUGAAGGCCAUCGGGCUACAGAUGGCCCUGGACCUGCUGGCCACCAAGGAGCAGAAGGAUUCGAUCACGGGGCUGCGGACCAGGACCCAGCCCGGCCGCCCCGACUGGAACAAGGUGUUUGGGAAGGUGGCGGAGGAGAAGAGAGGGAAAGUCCAGGUCUUCUUCUGCGGCUCGCCGGCGCUUGCCAAGGUCAUCAGGGUGCACUGCGAGCGCUUCGGCUUCCGAUUCUUCAAAGAAAACUUCUAA